UGCCCCAGCCCAGCACCGCUCCAGCCCCUGCACAGAGCCGCGCUGCAGCACGCGCCAGGAGCACGCACCAGGAGCACGCACCAGGAGCAGAGAUGCUUUGCCGCCUGCACUUCAUGCCACCCGCGUCCAGCUCUCUGUUCCCGUGGCUGGGACCCGUCCGCACCCUUUGGCCACAUCCGGGCACCCUCUUCGCCGAGCUGGAGCGAGAGCUGCGGCUGGAGAUGGAGAGGGCUCGGGAGUUCAUGAGCAGCUUCGAGCAGCUCCUGAGCAGCGGGAGCAGCCCCAGCCGGAUCGGCAUCGCUGCGGAGCGAGCCCCGGGCACCAGCGCAGCCCUGACCCAGGGUUCCGGGGAGGGCUUCUCCGUCUGCCAGGACGUGAAGGACUUUGCUCCCGAGCAGCUGUCGGUGAAGGUGGUGGGCAGGAAGGUGGUGCUGGUGGGGCAGAAGGAGACGCAGAGCACGGAUGAGAAGGGCUCCUUCUCCUACAAGUACGAGGUGCUGAAGCGGGAGUGGGACGUGCCCGAGGAGGUGGAUGCCGAGGCGCUGACAUGCUCCCUGUCCAAGGAGGGGCAGCUCCGCAUCGAAGCCCCCAGGCUGGCCCUGCCGGCCGCCCCGGAGAGGAACGUGCCCAUCCAGAUGGGGCCAGCGGUGGCGCAGCCGACGGCCAGCGCGGACGACGGAGCCGAGCGGGCCAAGGCGUGA